AUGCUUUCUUUCACGUUUCUGCUCGCAAGUAGUCUUGUUGCUACAAGGGCUUUUGCCGCCUUUCCUAUCAGGAACCCCAAAUGUCCUGAUCCACACGACGAGAUGCCGGGAAUUAUGGCCGCUCACGAGGAGUUGGCAAUCAUGGAAAAAAACUCAACAAUCAAGUAUGCAGCAAUUCAUGUGGAUGUAUAUGCCCAUGUCAUAAUGUCUUCGAAACCCAACGAUGAGAAUAUUACUGUUGGUACUCCUUGUCUCGAAAUAUUCAAAGCCAAAUUAGCUGACAAUCUUGCCAAUAUUUCAUUCACCUUGCAAGAUGCAACCUGGGUCACUAGAGAUGACUGGGGGGACGGUUCUUUGGACAAGACACCUGCUAUGGAUAUUCGGAGAUCCCUGCAUCGGGGAGGUCCUGGUACUCUCAACCUAUACUUUGCGAGCGAAAUCCAUUUCUCGGGAGUAGGACUUGACGGGGCCGGCACAGUCCCCAGUAACCUACAAACCGAUAGGGCUUUGCUUGAUGGCUGCGUUAUCAGCAAGUGGGCUGUCCGGAAUCAGAGGCUAAUGACGCAUGAAGUUGGGCAUUGGUUCGGGCUCCUUCACACAUGGGAGGACAUUUGCAACUACGUUGGAGACUUUAUCGAUGAUACCCUUCCUAGCCCGACGAUUUGUCACACUAACCCGAGCGAUUGCCCGAAUGAGGACAAUUUCAUGAGCUACGGGGACUACACGAGCAGCUUCUCACCAGGCCAGCUGGUUCGAUUGCCUGGCCUCUGGGCCAAGUUUCGUUCUGGAGCUAAUCCGCCACGAUAUAUCAAAAUGGAGAAGAAACGUAUAGGCGCCUCAUCUCCGGCUGCAUUGCAGACUGAUGUCGAGAGACUCCCUGCGCCGGCGGGGUUUUCUUGUGGUAAUUAG